GGGCGGCGGCGGCGGCACCGAGAGCAGCGCCGGGAAUCGCACCGGGAAUUGUAUCAGGAGCUGCAGUCAUGCCGGGGCUGCUGCUGGGGGAUGAGGCGCCCAACUUCGAGGCGGACACCACGCAGGGUCGUAUCCGCUUCCACGACUUCCUGGGAGACUCGUGGGGCAUCCUGUUCUCCCACCCGCGGGACUUCACCCCCGUGUGCACCACGGAGCUGGGCCGGGCGGCCAAGCUGGCACCCGAGUUCAGCAAGCGCAACGUGAAGAUGAUCGCGCUCUCCAUCGACAGCGUGCAGGACCACCUCUCCUGGUGCAAGGACAUCAAUGCCUACAACGGGGAGCAGCCUGCAGAGAAGCUGCCCUUCCCCAUCAUUGCUGACAAGAACCGGGAGCUGGCUGUCAAGCUGGGCAUGCUGGACCCGGACGAGCAGGACAAGGACGGGAUGCCCCUGACGGCUCGAGUGGUAUUCGUUUUUGGCCCUGAUAAGAAGCUGAAGCUCUCUAUCCUGUACCCAGCCACCACUGGGAGAAACUUUGAUGAGAUCCUGAGAGUGGUGGACUCCCUGCAGCUCACAGCAUACAAGAAGGUCGCUACCCCUGUGGACUGGAAGCCCGGUGACAGCGUCAUGGUCGUGCCCACCUUACCUGACGAGGAGGCCAAGAAGCUCUUCCCCAAAGGUGUCUUCACCAAGGAGCUGCCCUCAGGCAAGAAGUACCUGCGCUACACCCCACAGCCAGAGUGAGGGCUGGCUGGCUGUCUGUCUGUCUGUCCAUCCUGCUGGGAUGCCAGAGCCUUCCUGAGUCCAGCUCCUGCCCCUCUGACACCGCACCACCUACAGCCUUGUCCUGGCACACUGCUGCUGCAUGGCAGCCCUGAGCCAGCCCUCCUGAGCCAGCCCUCCUGAGCCAGCCCUCCUGAGCCAGCCCUCCUGAACCAGCCCUCCUGAACCAGCCCCCCUGUCCCUCUACCCCAUCCCCCCAGAACCAACCCCUGGGUGUUCUCCUGCCUCAGCCCAGCCCUGCCAGGAGCACAUGAGCAGCCCAGAGGGGACUGCAGGGCUCCUGCUCUGGUGUCCCUCCCGUCUGGUGCCAGCCUGGAGGCGUGGUGAGGAGGGGUGUCCUGCUGGGCCAGGGAGCUCUGGGGGCUCCAAGCUGCUGUGUGCCUUUCAGAGCAGCCAUCUAACCUGUGCUCCAUGAGUAGGGGAGGAGCUGCAGAGCUAAAUCUCUCACCUCUUAACUGCUUUCUUGUCUCUUGCUGGAAGGUGAUGGUUUCCAGGUUUUGUGGAAGAGGGAGUCAAGCAAAUAAACUGACCUUCAGUACUA